AUGCUGCCCGUGUGGUUCACAGACAAUCUGGAUGCUGCAGCUACCUAUGUUCAGAAUCAAAGCGAGGACUGCCUUUACCUCAACAUUUAUAUACCCACUGAAGAUGGUCCACUCACGAAGAAGCAAGAUGAGGCGACACAGAACAGGCCAAGAGAUGAAGAUAUCCGUGACCGUCGAAAGAAGCCGGUGAUGCUGUUCAUCCACGGAGGCUCAUACAUGGAGGGCUCAGGGAACAUGUUUGAUGGCAGUAUAUUGGCCGCCUAUGGAAAUGUCAUUGUUGUCACCAUGAACUACCGCCUUGGUGUGCUUGGUUUCCUCAGCACCGGAGACCAGUCAGCAAAGGGGAACUAUGGCCUGUUGGACCAAAUCCAGGCUCUGCGCUGGCUAAAUGAAAACAUUGGGCACUUUGGAGGGGACCCAGAGAGAAUCACCAUCUUUGGCUCUGGAGCAGGAGCGGCCUGCGUGAACCUCCUGAUCCUCUCUCACCACUCUGAAGGCCUGUUCCAGAGAGCCAUUGCACAAAGUGGUUCAGCUAUUUCCAGUUGGUCGGUAAACUACCAGCCCAUGAUGUACACUAAGACCUUGGCUAAGAAGGUGGGCUGUAGCCUGGGGGACAUGGCAGAAUUGGUGGAAUGCCUGAGGAAGAAGAGUUACCGGGAACUGGUUGAUCAGGACAUCCAGCCGGCUCGAUAUCACAUCGCCUUUGGGCCUGUGGUGGAUGGGGAUGUGGUUCCAGAUGACCCUGAGAUUCUCAUGCAGCAGGGUGAAUUUCUGAACUAUGACAUCUUGCUCGGAGUAAACCAGGGAGAAGGUCUAAAGUUUGUGGAUGACAGUGAAGGAGAAGAUGGAAUAUCUGCGGCCUCAUUCGACUAUACCAUCUCCAACUUUGUGGACAACCUUUACGGAUAUCCGGAUGGUAUCCUCAGGGAGACCAUUAAGUUCAUGUACACAGACUGGGCCGACAGAGACAACAGUGAUAUGCGGAGGAAGACUCUCCUGGCCCUGUUCACAGACCAUCAGUGGGUAGCCCCCGCUGUGGCCACGGCAAAACUUCACGCUGAGUUCCAGUCACCCGUCUACUUCUACACCUUUCACCACCACUGUCAGACCGAGGCCCGGCCGGAGUGGGCUGAUGCUGCCCACGGGGAUGAGCUCCCCUAUGUAUUCGGGAUCCCUAUGAUGGGGGCCACUGACCUGUUCCCAUGCAACUUCAGCAAGAACGAUGUGAUGCUCAGUGCAGUGGUCAUGACGUACUGGACAAACUUUGCAAAGACAGGAGAUCCAAACCUUCCUGUUCCACAAGACACCACUUUUAUUCACACAAAACCAAACCGCUUUGAGGAGGUGAUCUGGACGAAGUUCAGUUCAAAAGACAAGCACUACCUACACAUUGGUCUGAAGCCUCGGGUCAAGGACAACUAUCGUGCCAAUAAAGUGGCCUUCUGGCUUGAGCUGGUGCCGCACCUCCAUGGCCUUCAGCAUGAGGGCGUUCCUUCUGCAAAAACACCAGUGACUCCUGUAGGUCCAAAUCGCAGGCCCAGCACUGGCCCACGCUCCACACGUCAACCUAUCAUCUCCACAUACCCCCCUGAUCCAGACCCUGACAGCUCUGAGCGCCCACGCUACCCCCCAUUCCCUGAGGAGACACGGGACUACUCCACAGAGCUGAGCGUGACGGUGGCCGUGGGCGCCUCCCUGCUCUUUCUAAACGUCCUGGCCUUUGCGGCCCUGUAUUACAAACGGGAUAAGAGGCACGAACUCAUGCAGAGGCGCCACCGCCGCCUGUCCCCUCAGAGGGGCACCACUAUUGGGAUGGGUGUGGGUAUGGGAGUGGUGGGUGCUCCUCCACACAACGACCUGGCCCUGAGUCAGGAGGAGGAGCUUAUGUCACUGCAGAUGAAACAGCAGAGAGUUGAGAUGGAGCACGGGACCCCUCUACCAUCCCGCGGAGUGCAUGGUGAUUUGGAGACCCUGCGGCCCCCCGUGUGCCCACCUGACUACACACUGGCCUUGAGAAGAGCCCCUGAAGAUGUGCCACUUAUGACAGCCAACACCAUCACUAUGAUUCCCAGCACUAUCAGCAGCAUGCAGCCCCUCCACCCCUUCAACACCUAUCCACCUGUCCCGGCCCCCACCGGCACUCCUGUCCCCAGCCACAGCAACAAUGCGCUGCCGCACCAACACUCUACCACACGAGUAUAG